AUGAAGCAAUUAGGAUAUCAAUUCUUAGCUCUCUUUGGACUUGUGUCUAUUUAAUCUGAUUAUGUGGCAGGCUUAAUGAAAAAUAAGCGUUUCUAAACCCAUGAAACCCAAGCAUAUAAAGAGUAGUAAAGACUUUUAUAAUCAUCUAAUCGUCCAGCUGACUCUUUCUUCGAUGUUGAUCUUGAUCAUUUCGUAACAAAUGGAGUCUCCACAACUUUCAAGCUUAGAUAUUUGAUUGAUGAAUCAAAUGUUAAGGGAAACAAUGCCCCAAUACUCUUUUACUGUGGCAAUGAGGGUGAUGUGACGAGUUUCUGGGAUAAUUCUGGCUAUGUCACUGACUUUUUAGCUCAGCAAAUGAAUGCUGUAGUUUUGUUCGGUGAACACAGAUAUUAUGGAUCUUCAAAACCUAUGGGAGUUGAUAGCUUCAAACCAGAAAAUGUUAAGUUCCUGACUGUUGAAUAAGCAAUGAUGGACUAUGUUAAGCUGAUAUAAUCAAUCAAGUCUCAGGAUAAAUACAAGAAUAGCGCUGUUAUUGCUUUUGGUGGCUCAUAUGGAGGAAUGUUAGCUUCUUGGAUUAGAAUGAAAUACCCACAUAUUAUUCAAGGUGCUCAUGCAGCUAGUGCCCCAAUUCUCUUCUUCCCAGGAACUGUAUCUCCAUAUGCAUUCAAUGAACUUGUUACAAGAACUUAUAGAGAUGUUAUCCCAGGAUUCGAUUGCAGUAGCGUUGUUAAGAAGGGUCUUUAACUUUUGAAUUCAUAUAAGGGAGACAAUACUCAUUACUAAGAUAUCAAGAAUGCCUUCAAUACUUGUGAUGGUCAACCUUCAUCCUCUGAUUAAGUACAGCUAUUACUUGAUUCCAUCCAAGAUGCUCUCGGUACCAUGGCAAUGGUUAAUUACCCAUAUCCAACUGGAUUCGAAGCACCAUUGCCAGCAAAUCCAGUCAAAGCUGCUUGCACUGCUGCAGGAGUUCCAGUCUCUGAUCUCGAUUACAUUAACUCACUUGCCAAAAUAUUUUUAGUAUUUACAAACUCUUCUGGCUAAACUAAAUGCACUAAUCUUACUGGAGGAAGCCAACAAGGUGCUCUUGAUAGCUAGGGUUGGGAUUAUUAAACUUGCUAAGAAUUUGUUAUGCCAAUUUCACAGAGUGGUAAGACUGAUAUGUUCUUGCCCUAGCCAUAUGACCCAGAUCAAAUUUUCACUGACUGCGCUUAAAAGGGACUUGUUCCUUAAUUUGACUACAUAUUGGAUACAUUUGGAGGCAGAAACAUUAACAAAGACUUUGCCCAUGUUUCAAACAUAAUCUUCAGCAAUGGUGAUCUUGAUCCAUGGAGAGCUGGUGGUGUGCCAGAGGGAACUCUCAAGGAUAACAAGGAUAUCUUGAUCAGAUUGAUUAAGGGAGGUGCUCAUCAUCUUGAUUUGAGAGCCCCUAACAAGGAUGAUCCUUAGGAUGUUACUGAUGCUAGAACAAGUUUCACAGCUCUUAUAUAAAAAUGGGUUAGUGACUAUGCAGAUAUUCUCAAGCCCUCACAAAAAGAAACUUUAUUCAUCCAGUGA